UGGCCGCAGAGCAGGCAGAGUGUGCGGGGCAGGGUGCUAACAGCCACCCCUGCUCCAAGCCGCCUGCGGGGAUGGAGCUCGUCCCCUUCCUCCAGCGAUGCAUCCAGCUCCUCCUCUUGCCCAUCCAUGUUCUUGCCUGCCUGGGCUUAUGGGACUCCUUCUAUAAGAAAGUCUUCCCAUAUAUCAUGGCCAAGGUAGCGCCCAUCUACAACCAUAAGGUCUACAAGCAGAAACGAGAGCUGUUCAGCAGCUUAAGAAAAUUUGCCGGCCCUUCGGGCCAGCUCCUGUUGCUGGAAAUCGGCACAGGCACUGGCACCAAUUUCCAGUUCUACCCACCAGGCUGCUGGCUGACGUGCACCGACCCUAAUCCCAAUUUCAGAAAGUUUCUCCUCAAGAGCCUCUCAGAGAACCGGCACCUUAAGCUUGAACAUUUGAUGGUUGCCUCUGGCGAGGAUCUGCAUCAAAUACGGGACGGCACCGUGGACGUGGUGGUGUGCACCUUAGUGCUGUGCUCCGUGACCAACAUCAAGAAAGUCCUGAUGGAGGUUUUACGAGUGCUGAGGCUGGGUGGAGCUUUCUACUUCUUGGAGCAUGUGGCUGCAGAUCAUUCCAGUUGGACCUACUUUUGGCAAAAGGUGUGUGACCCAGUCUGGAAGUAUUUCGGAGAUGGGUGUUCCUUGAGCAGAGAGACACAGAAGGAGUUGGAGAAAACUAAUUUCUCAGAACUGAAUUUGAGGCGCAUUCAUGUCACACCUUACUGGAUUCCUACGAGUCCUCAUAUCAUUGGGUAUGCAGUAAAAUAAAUGACCGUGAGCACUGCGGGACACGGGACCUCCCUUCAGUACUCCCUUCAUGCUUUAUAGAAGGUUUUUCACCCUUACGGUCAGCCCAUAUACAGCAGCUGGCUACCCAGAAUAAAAGUAUGGAAAACUUCCUGAGCAUCCAGAGCACAUUCAAACUGGGAAUCACAGUCGUUAGAUAGGCUUUGUGGAUAGAGCUCUGCAAUAGAGCUGCUGCACAGGGACCCAGCAAAGGGGAAAGAAGUCUAGACAACAUGUUUCAGUCCGAUACAAAAUAAAGGAGGAGGCAGCAUCUUCGAGAGUUGAGAAGGGGGAGAGGGAGGAAAGGGAACAGAAGAUACAUGCAAGCAACCACAGAGGGCUAACGUUUUUCUAAGGGCAGGGAAUAAUACCCAACCUCUAAGGUUUCCGAUACAGAACACAUGCAUAAUAGAUAUGGCAUCAGUACGAGCAUUUUCAUUUCAGUCUUCCCAUUAUGAAACACAUUUACGAGCAGGCGUUCAUUUGCCCGUGCCGGUACAGUCCUCCCUGACAGGACUCUUGUUUAUUGAGGGAAGUGCUCCUUACAGCCCCAGUUCACUAGGCACGGUUCUCACUGGCCAUUAGAUGCUGAAGCAUAGAUUUAACUUGAAAUGGCUACACACAAAGCAAAAACCAGAACUUCUCUUUACACUGGGAGAAAAUUGGCAUUUGUUAAAUCAGAUGGCAGAAAACUCAUCUCCACUGUAAGACACAUCAGCCACAUCCUUAGUGCCUUUUGUCACGCUCUACUAACAUGUUUUACCUGUGCCUAAAUUCUUCAUUUUCUACUCUCCCUCCAAUCUAGAUCACACCUUAAAGAGGUCUCUCUUAAAAGCCAGGAGUUUCAUUAGAAAUGUUUGCCAGUUAAACUCCCCUAGGACACCAAGAGAAGGUGCUGCUCUCUUGGCCGCUGUUUAACCUUUUCUACAAUUUCCUGCAAUACAGCAGCAAGGAAUUAAAACCUGGUACAGAUUAUAUUUAUGAGAAAAUAAUGCAUUAAUGUCUCUAUUUUGUGCUCCAUACACAUCCAACUGGUCUACACAGAAAGUAAAUCCCGUUGUUCAAAUUUGUUUCUCUAACGUAGUUGCCACAAGGUGGAGGUAUUAAGGUACGAGAACAGAGUUCGUUAGUCAAGCAGUCUAAUAAGGAUGCCGCCAUAUGCUGGAUUUUCUAUUUGCUUUAUUACCACUAGAGGGAGGAGGUAACUCAGCGGACAACGGGACUACCUAUCACUCAACAGAAAACCAAAGCUCUCCAGUGCAAGUCACAACAGAACUGCCUUUAACAGGGACCUUAGGUCCUCCUUUCCCUAGCCCAGGCUCACCUGGAGCAGAGCAAUUAAAUGCUAGUGGCUAAUCCACACUGCUAGCAAGUCCACUGAAAAAGCUCUGGUGACUGCAAAGUCGAAAAAGUUUUUCAGAAUGCAUUUAGCAUAGAACAGACCGUUCAUUGUUGACACAAGCUUAGGAAGUUAAUAAAACCAAGCUGUAUACUGUAUGCAGCAAUUACUGAAUAAAUAAAUUGUUUUAUCUCUGUUGCACAAUUCCCAUCAAUGGUCUGAAAGAUAACUAAGAAAAGCAAGCUCAUU